AUGUCCUUCAACCAACCAACGCCCCCGCUCCUCCUAACGAAACGCCUAACAACCUUCCUCUCCGCCAACCUCAACGCCCACCUGCACACGGCCCUGCUCGCGACCCCCUCGGGCCGGCUGCUCGCCCACGCCUCUCCGCACCCCGUCGCCCUCCUCCGCACCCAGUCGACCGUCGCCUCCUCCCUCUUCGCCCUGCAUGGCUCCACGGCCCCGGACAUUCCCGACGCCCUGCCCACCUCGCACUCCUCCCCGUCAGCCGCCUCCUCGCCGCCCAUGGAGAAGCCGCUGACGAUCACGGUGCAGCUGGCCGCCGGCGUCGUCGUGAUCAGGAGGCUGAAAUGCGGGCUGCUGUUCGUGUGCAUCGGGCCUCUGGCGGAGCACAUCGAGGAGGGGAGCGGCAGCGGCGGACAGCUGCAGCAAGGUGGUCUGGCGGCGCACGGCGGAUACAACGGGACCGGCGAGAGGUCCGGGGGCGCGACGCCCAGCCAGAUGCCCGCGUCGCCGAGCGAGGUGGACAGCGUGCUGAGCGUGGGCGGCAUCACGACUGCCAGCCUGGGCAGUGUCGGAAGCGUAAACACUGCGGGUGUCGUGGUCAUGAGGCGGCAUGCCGAGGAGCUGGCGAGGUGGCUGGACGAUAAGCUGGGUAGUCUGAGGGUCCCGGAGGAGGGUGUCGGCGUGGAGUGA